GCAGCCCGGACCGGGAUAUUCCUUUUUUAAAAUAGGAAUAAUCGAAUACCGACUGGAAAGGCCAUCUAUAUAACGUGUUUUAGAUUAGGUACGCAACUGUGAUUCAUAUAAAUGUGUGUGUGUGAAAAUGUGUGAUCAGUGCACUCAGCGAUAGGUGAUCUAUGGAUUUGUGACUAUUUAUUGCUAUGCGGUUGAAGGCGGGUGAAAGAAGCAUCAAUUUGGAUAACUGAGUGAGAAACAAAAUUCAAGAUGGCGGAAGCGGAAGGCGGAGCGAGUGAGCAAGAUGAUGUUUCAUUCUUGCGUACGGAAGACAUGGUAUGUCUGUCCUGCACGGCGACGGGUGAAAGAGUGUGUCUUGCUGCAGAAGGCUUCGGCAACAGACACUGCUUCCUAGAAAAUAUCGCCGACAAGAACAUACCACCAGAUCUUUCGCAGUGUGUUUUUGUUAUUGAACAGGCCUUGUCAGUAAGAGCACUUCAAGAAUUGGUGACGGCAGCCGGCUCAGAAACUGGCAAAGAAAACUUAGUAGGCAAAGGCACAGGUUCUGGACAUAGAACACUACUAUACGGCAAUGCUAUUCUAUUACGGCAUCUUAACAGUGAUAUGUAUCUGGCAUGCUUAUCAACAUCCUCGUCUCAAGACAAGCUGGCCUUUGACGUUGGUCUGCAAGAGCAUUCGCAAGGAGAGGCAUGCUGGUGGACACUACAUCCUGCUAGCAAACAGAGAUCUGAGGGUGAAAAAGUGCGAGUGGGUGACGAUUUGAUUCUAGUGUCCGUCGCUACAGAAAGAUACUUGCACACGACGAAGGAAAAUGAGGUGUCUAUUGUAAAUGCUUCUUUCCACGUGACUCAUUGGUCGGUCCAGCCGUACGGUACGGGUAUAUCCCGUAUGAAGUACGUGGGAUACGUGUUCGGUGGGGACGUGCUCCGGUUCUUUCACGGAGGCGACGAGUGCCUUACUAUACCGAGCACGUGGAGUAGUGAUGGUGGACAAAACAUCGUAGUAUAUGAAGGAGGAUCGGUGAUGUCACAGGCACGAUCGCUGUGGCGUUUGGAACUGGCUCGCACCAAAUGGGCUGGAGGCUUCAUCAACUGGUACCAUCCGAUGAGGAUACGGCACAUCACCACGGGGCGAUAUCUCGGCGUUAAUGAUCAGAACGAGCUGUAUUUAAUAAGCAGAGAAGAAGCAACAACAGCGUCAUGUGCAUUCUGCCUUCGUCAGGAGAAAGAUGAUCAGAAGGUAGUCCUUGAAGACAAAGAUUUGGAAAUCAUAGGAGCUCCGAUCAUCAAAUAUGGUGAUUCUACUGUAAUUGUGCAACAUUCGGAAACCGGAUUGUGGCUGUCUUAUAAGUCUUACGAGACAAAGAAGAAAGGCGUCGGUAAAGUCGAAGAGAAGCAAGCUAUACUGCACGAAGAAGGCAAAAUGGACGACGGCCUCGACUUCUCCAGGUCACAAGAAGAAGAAUCUAGAACAGCCAGAGUUAUUAGAAAAUGUUCUUCAUUGUUCACCAAAUUCAUUACCGGCCUUGAAACAUUACAAGAGAACCGACGUCAUUCGAUGUUCUUCGCUUCAGUAAAUUUAGGUGAAAUGGUGAUGUGUUUAGAGGAUCUUAUCAAUUACUUCGCGCAACCAGAUGAAGAUAUGGAACACGAAGAAAAGCAAAAUAAGUUCCGGGCACUUCGAAACCGUCAAGACCUGUUCCAAGAGGAAGGUAUCCUGAAUUUGAUCCUGGAAGCCAUAGAUAAGAUCAACGUGAUCACGUCUCAAGGAUUCCUCGCCGGGUUCUUGGCGGGAGACGAGUCCGGGCAGAGUUGGGACAUGAUAUCAGUUUAUUUGUACCAGCUUUUGGCUGCAAUAAUUAAGGGCAACCACACAAACUGCGCGCAGUUCGCCAACUCGAACCGUCUUAACUGGUUGUUCUCAAGGCUGGGCUCGCAAGCUUCGGGGGAGGGGACCGGUAUGCUGGACGUACUUCAUUGCGUCCUCAUUGACUCGCCGGAAGCUUUGAAUAUGAUGAGAGAUGAACAUAUCAAAGUCAUCAUAUCACUGCUGGAGAAGCACGGUAGAGAUCCAAAAGUUCUGGACGUGUUGUGCUCGCUCUGCGUCGGUAAUGGAGUGGCUGUGAGGUCUUCGCAGAACAACAUCUGUGACUAUCUACUGCCGGGGAAGAACCUGUUGCUGCAAACGCAACUGGUUGACCAUGUAUCCAGUGUCCGCCCAAACAUUUUCGUUGGCCGAGUGGAAGGUUCGGCGGUUUAUCAGAAGUGGUACUUCGAAGUGACAAUGGAUCAUAUAGAAAAAACCACGCAUAUGAUGCCACACCUGAGGAUUGGAUGGGCUAACACGACUGGUUAUGUACCAUACCCUGGAGGCGGUGAGAAGUGGGGUGGUAACGGAGUAGGAGACGAUCUCUACUCGUACGGUUUCGACGGAGCAUACCUCUGGUCUGGAGGCAGGAAGACACCAGUUAAUAGGACUCAUGAAGAGGAACCGUUUAUAAGAAAAGGUGACGUCAUUGGCUGUGCUCUAGAUUUGACCAUACCCUUGAUAAACUUCAUGUUCAACGGCGUACGUGUCACCGGAUCCUUCACGAACUUCAAUCUCGAGGGCAUGUUCUUUCCCGCAAUCAGUUGUUCCAGUAAAUUAAGUUGUCGUUUUCUCCUCGGCGGAGAACACGGUCGACUUCGUUACGCGGCUCCUGAAGGAUAUUCUCCAUUGGUGGAGUCUCUUCUUCCUCAACAAAUUCUAAGUCUUGAGCCGUGUUUCUACUUCGGGAACUUAGCCAAGAGAGCGUUGGCUGGACCACCUCUGGUGCAAGAUGAUACAGCUUUUGUACCAACCCCUGUGGAUACAGUGUCGAUUACUUUGGCAACCUACAUCGAACAAAUAAGAGAUAAACUGGCUGAGAAUAUACACGAAAUGUGGGCGAUGAACAAGAUCGAAGCCGGUUGGUGCUAUGGCGAAAACCGCGAUGACGCCCACCGCAUACAUCCUUGCCUUGUUCCUUUCGAGAGAUUACCACCAGCCGAAAAACGAUACGAUAUACAGCUCGCUGUGCAAACGCUCAAAACGAUACUCGCUCUCGGCUACUAUAUCAGCCUCGACAAACCUCCGGCACGUAUACGCAACGUUCGUCUGCCCAACGAACCUUUCAUGCAAUCAAACGGGUACAAGCCAGCUCCACUAGACCUGAGCGCUGUCACCCUGACACCGAAGAUGGAUGAGCUGGUGGACCAACUGGCUGAGAACACUCACAACCUAUGGGCAAGAGAGCGUAUACAGCAGGGAUGGACUUAUGGGCUGAACGAGGACUCCGACAUGCAUCGAUCACCGCAUUUAGUACCAUAUCCGAAAGUUGAUGACGCAAUCAAGAAGGCAAACAGAGAUACUGCUUCGGAAACUGUUAGGACUCUACUCGUCUAUGGCUAUAACCUUGAUCCACCGACUGGAGAACACCAGGAAGCUUUAUUAGCCGAAGCUUCGAAGCAAAAACAAGCCGACUUCAGAACCUACAGGGCAGAGAAAAACUACGCUGUCAGUUCUGGGAAGUGGUACUUCGAGUUUGAGAUACUUACUGCUGGGCCAAUGAGGGUUGGCUGGGCUCACGCAGAUAUGGCUCCAGGCAUGAUGCUGGGUCAAGACGAGAAUUCUUGGGCAUUUGAUGGAUAUAAUGAGGAAAAAGUGUACUUGGGUAGUACGGAGUCUUUUGGCAAGCAAUGGUCGGUGGGGGACGUGGUAGGCGUAUUCCUUGAUCUCAUUGACAGGACGAUAAGUUUUUCUCUCAAUGGAGAGUUACUUAUGGAUGCUCUCGGAGGAGAGACUACAUUUGCGGACGUGCAAGGGGAUAACUUUGUACCAGCGUGUACUCUUGGAGUGGGCCAAAAAGCAAGGUUAUCAUACGGACAAGAUGUUAAUUCAUUGAAAUAUUUUACAACUUGUGGUCUUCAAGAGGGCUAUGAACCAUUUUGUGUUAAUAUGAAGCGUGAUGUAACUCAUUGGUAUACGAAAGAUCAACCAAUAUUUGAAAACACGGAUGAAAUGGCUGAUACCAGGAUUGACGUGACAAGGAUACCCGCUGGAUCUGAUACGCCGCCAUGUCUAAAAAUUUCCCACAACACUUUUGAAACAAUGGAAAAAGCUAACUGGGAGUUUCUGAGGCUGUCAUUACCAGUAAUCUGUCAACUUGAAUUUAUAGAUGAAGCAGAGAAAGCUCGCCGUUGGGUAGAAAUUAAGGAACGGCAGCAGAUACUCAUGAAAGAAGCGACAGAGGCACAGAUGCCUGCACAUAUUGACCAGAUCAUGAGAAGUGGUUUCACUAUGAAUGAUAUCAAAGGUCUGCACUACGAUGAAACCCAAGAAGAGAUGCCGAGUUCAAAAAGACAACCCUCGAAACCACCUAGGAAGGGGUCCAUACCUCGUGGUGUUACUAUACAGAAUUAUAAUUUACAACCAGGCCCUGUAAAUGGUAUGCAUCGCUCCACAAGUGAAGCUGAAAUGGCGAAAUAUGAACUCGGUGCCACUCUAGCACCCGAAGACAAGAAGGCAGACAAAAGAGGCAGAUCGCCUUUCAAGUUCUUCAGAAGCAAACGUGGUGAAAGUGGCGAAAGAGGCAAAUCCCGAAAAUCGAAAACACCAGAUCCAUUCAGCGACACCGAGGUAUCUCCAGAGAGAGGUGGCCCGAGACGACCUAAUCCUCAAAUAAGAAUAUCUCAGGCAAAUCAAAGGUAUCCACAGAGUAGACCUAGCAGGCCGAAUUUGUACGGAAGUCAAACUGGUUUGAAUUUGAAUACCAAUCUCGCUGUCGCAACUCCUCCUCAAGAGCGGAAGCAAAUGACGGCGGGAACCCUGUCAGCUGCCGCUACAGAGACCGUUGGCAACGAGAUAUUCGACGCGGAUUGCUUGAAGCUGAUCAAUGAAUACUUCUAUGGUGUUAGGAUUUUCCCUGGUCAAGACCCAACGCACGUUUACAUAGGCUGGGUGACCACCCAGUAUCAUUUACACUCAAAGGACUUUAACCAGAACAAAGUUACUAAGUCCUCCGUCAUUAUCACCGACGACUACGACCGAGUUGUUGAAAGUGUAAAUCGUCAAUCUUGCUACAUGGCUCGCGCGGAUGAGCUUUACAACGAAGUGAUGGCGGAAGCGACGGGCAAAGGUGCCUCACAGGGAAUGUUCAUAGGAUGCUCAGUUGAUACCUCUACUGGAACCGUGUCUUUUACGUGUGAAGGGAAGGAUACUAGUAUGAAAUUCAAGAUGGAACCAGAAACCAAACUCUUCCCAGCGAUAUUUGUUGAAGCGACCUCUAAGGAGAUACUGCAGAUCGAGCUCGGAAGAUCGUCAACAAGUCUUCCAUUAAGUGCUGCAGUAUUGCCUACAAGUGAUAAACACGUAAACCCUCAGUUCCCACCCAGACUGAAGGUGCAAUGUUUGAAACCGCACCAAUGGGCUAGAGUACCUAACCAAUCAUUGCAAGUUCACGCCUUAAAGUUGUCAGACAUUCGUGGUUGGUCCAUGCUUUGUGAGGAUGCUGUUUCCAUGCUGGCCCUUCAUAUACCAGAGGAGGAUCGCUGCAUCGAUAUACUCGAAUUGAUUGAAAUGGAUAAACUUCUCAGUUUCCAUUCACAUACACUUACCCUAUAUGCCGCGUUAUGCUAUCAAAGUAAUUACAGAGCCGCCCAUGCUUUGUGUCAACAUGUAGAUCAAAAACAGUUGCUAUACGCCAUUCAGUCACAGUACAUGUCCGGUCCCUUACGUCAAGGAUUCUAUGAUCUGCUGAUCGCGUUACAUCUGGAGUCACACGCCACUACUAUGGAGGCAUGUAAGAAUGAGUUCGUUAUACCACUUGGACCUGAAUUAAAAGUACUAUACGAAGAGCCAGAGAUGAGGCACAGCUUACGCUCUCUGCAGACUGAGAGCGUGCGCCCUCAGAUGAAGAUGACUGAUAUAGCGGAGAGCAUAACAGAAAUAAGCAAUCUCUACUCUCCGUAUUUCCCGCUGGAAGUAGUACGUGAAUUUGUGAUGCAAGCACUGGCAGAAGCUGUUGAAACUAAUCAAGUACACAAUAGAGAUCCUGUUGGAGGAAGCAAUGAGAAUUUGUUCUUGCCAUUAAUAAAACUAGUUGAUCGAUUGUUACUAGUUGGUAUGAUGAGAGAUGAAGAUGUCGAGAAACUACUCAUUAUGAUCAAUCCUGAGACUUGGGACCCUACUUUUGAUAAAGAGGGCAAAGAUGAACACAGGAAAGGUUUAUUGCACAUGAAAAUGGCGGAGGGUGCAAAAUUACAGAUGUGCUAUCUGCUGCAACAUCUCAAUGAUAUGCAACUGAGGCAUCGCGUGGAGUUUAUCAUUGCGUUCGCUCACGACUUCGUUGGCGAUCUACAGUCUGAUCAGUUGAGGCGUUAUACAGAAAUCAAGCAAUCUGAUCUACCUAGUGCUGUAGCAGCUAAAAAAACAAAAGAGUUCCGUUGUCCACCUCGGGAACAAAUGAAUGCUAUACUAAGUUUUAAGCAUUUGGAAGAUGAUGAUCCAGAGAACUGCCCGUGCGGUGAAGAUCUCAUAACACGCAUGAACGAGUUCCAUGAGAGUCUGAUGACACAUGUUUCGCUUAAUGCAUUGCAGGAACCCGAUGGAGAGGAAUCUUCAGAGCCAGAGACAAAAUCUGGUGCUUUUGGAAAACUAUACAACAUUAUUAAUACAGUAAAAGAGUUAGAAGAGGAAGCGAAGGCCGUAGAAGAACCAGUGAAAAAGACACCUGAAGAAAAGUUCCGAAAGGUUCUUAUUCAGACCAUUGUUAAUUGGGCAGAAGAGUCACAGAUCGAAACACCGAAACUCGUUAGGGAAAUGUUUAGUCUUCUCGUUCGCCAAUAUGAUGCAGUGGGUGAACUAAUUCGUGCUCUAGAGAAAACUUACGUCAUCAAUGCAAAGACUAAACUAGACGUUGCGGAAAUGUGGGUAGGACUGAGUCAGAUCAGAGCUUUAUUGCCAGUACAGAUGAGCCAAGAGGAAGAGGAACUCAUGAGGAAGCGUUUAUGGAAACUAGUGAACAAUCAUACGUUUUUCCAGCACCCUGAUUUAAUAAGAGUACUCCGUGUACACGAGAAUGUUAUGGCGGUGAUGAUGAAUACGCUAGGAAGACGUGCUCAGGCGCAGUCAGACGCACCAACAGCUGCGCAACCAACGCCAGAAGAUAAAGAAAAGGACACUUCACACGAAAUGGUGGUAGCGUGUUGCCGCUUCCUUUGCUACUUCUGCCGCACGGGGCGACAAAAUCAAAAGGCUAUGUUCGAUCACUUCGAUUUCCUGUUAGAAAACUCAAAUAUCUUACUGUCAAGACCAUCUUUAAGAGGAUCCACGCCAUUGGACGUCGCUUACUCAAGUUUAAUGGAGAACACCGAAUUAGCUUUGGCUUUAAGAGAGCACUAUCUGGAGAAGAUUGCGGUAUACCUGUCACGAUGUGGUCUGCAGAGCAACUCUGAGCUGGUGGAGAAGGGCUACCCCGACCUUGGUUGGGAUCCCGUGGAAGGCGAACGUUAUCUUGACUUCCUACGAUUCUGUGUCUGGGUGAACGGUGAAAGUGUGGAAGAAAACGCCAACCUUGUAAUCCGUCUCCUCAUCAGAAGACCUGAGUGUUUAGGUCCAGCCUUACGUGGUGAAGGGGAGGGGUUACUGAAAGCUAUCGUAGACGCGAACAAGAUGAGUGAGAGGAUUGCUGAUCGACGCAAGCUGAGGGAUGAAGAGGGCGAUAUAAAUUUCAGUCACCCGCUGCCCCAGUCGGACGAUGAUGAAGACUACAUUGACACCGGUGCAGCAAUACUCAACUUCUACUGCACUCUUGUUGACUUGCUGGGUCGAUGUGCACCCGAUGCUGGCGUCAUAGCUCUGGGAAAGAACGAAUCUUUAAGAGCGAGAGCCAUUCUUCGAUCAUUAGUUCCUCUGGAAGACCUGCAAGGCGUUCUCAGUCUAAGAUUCACUUUAAACAACCCGGCUGCUGGCGAAGAGAGGCCAAAAUCAGACAUGCCAUCUGGUCUGAUCCCUGGACACAAGCAGAGCGUUGGAUUGUUCUUAGAACGUGUCUACGGCAUCGAAACUCAAGAGCUUUUCUACCGAUUGCUUGAAGAAGCUUUCUUACCAGAUCUCAGAGCUGCGACUAUGCUAGAUAGGAAUGACGGCUGCGAGUCAGACAUGGCUCUUUCCAUGAACCGGUACAUCGGUAACUCCAUUCUUCCACUCCUCAUCAAACACGCAAACUUCUACAACGAAGCUGAAAACUACGGCAGCUUACUGGAUGCUACCUUACAUACUGUUUAUAGGUUGUCCAAAAACCGCAUGUUGACCAAAGGCCAGCGUGAGGCAGUAUCUGACUUCCUGGUAGCUCUGACUGCGGCCAUGCAACCUUCUAUGCUGCUGAAACUGCUACGUAAACUCACCGUCGAUGUAUCCCGUUUGUCUGAGUACACUACUGUUGCGCUUCGGUUACUAACGCUGCACUACGAACGUUGCGCAAAGUACUACGGCAGCACGGGUGGCCAGGGUAUAUACGGCGCUUCGUCUGAUGAGGAGAAGCGUCUGACUAUGAUGCUGUUCUCUAACAUCUUCGACUCAUUGAGCAAAAUGGACUACGAGCCUGAGCUGUUUGGGAAAGCUCUGCCAUGUCUUAUUGCCAUUGGAUGCGCUCUACCUCCAGACUAUUCACUGUCUAAGAACUAUGACGAUGAAUUCUAUGGAAAAGAAAAUACACAGACUACAGGUGCCGACAACCCACAGUAUGACCCUCAGCCCAUAAACACAUCGUCAGUGGCUCUUAAUAACGAUCUAAACACCAUUGUGCAGAAGUUCUCUGAGCAUUACCACGAUGCUUGGGCGUCUAGGAAAAUUGAAAACGGCUGGGUCUACGCCGAAGGUUGGUCGGAUAGCCAAAAAUCGCAUCCUCGCCUCAAGCCCUACAAUAUGCUGAAUGAUUACGAAAAAGAGCGUUACAAAGAACCGGUUCGUGAAUCUUUGAAGGCGUUAUUGGCUAUCGGAUGGUCAGUCGAGCAUUCGGAAGUUGAUAUCCCUAGCACUAACCGCAGUUCCAUGAGAAGACAAUCUAAAUCUGGUGUUGAGGAAGAUAUUAUGACGGACUCAGCUACACCAUUCAACUAUAACCCACAUCCAGUAGACAUGACGAAUCUGACGCUGUCUCGCGAGAUGCAGAACAUGGCAGAAAGGUUAGCUGAAAACGCACACGACAUCUGGGCCAAGAAAAAGAAGGAAGAAUUGGUCACUAAUGGAGGUGGAAUCCAUCCCCAACUCGUCCCAUACGACCUUCUAACAGACAAAGAGAAAAAGAAGGAUCGAGAACGUUCUCAGGAGUUCCUCAAAUACCUGCAGUACCAAGGGUAUAAAUUACACCGUCCUAAGACAUCCCAAGGUGAUACAGAACAGACCACUACCGGCGUAGCAAUAGAGCUCAGAUUUGCGUACUCGCUUCUGGAGAAAUUGAUACAAUAUAUUGAUAGAGCCACGAUUAAUAUGAAACUCUUGAAACCAUCUACAACAUUCAGUAGAAGACCCAGUUUUAAGACGAGCACAAGAGAUAUCAAGUUUGUUUCUAAGCAAGACAAGUCGGAUCUUAAGUAUUACAAGAAGGUGGUACUGCCUCUAAUGGAGAAGUAUUUCUCAACACACCGGAACUAUUUCAUUGCGGUAGCAACAGCAACAAACAACAUCGGUGCGGCCAGUUUGAAAGAGAAAGAGAUGGUUGCCGCACUGUUCUGCAAGCUGGCAAGCUUGUUGCGAUCAAGGCUAGCGGCAUUUGGCCCAGACGUCCGUAUCACGGUCCGCUGUCUUCAGGUCCUAGUCAAAGGCAUCGACGCCAAAUCCCUCGUCAAGAACUGCCCGGAGUUCAUUCGUACAUCGAUGCUUACAUUCUUCAACAACGUUGCUGAUGACCUGGGCCAUACCAUUAUGAAUUUGCAGGAUGGGAAAUAUGCUCACCUUCGAGGGACGCAUCUGAAGACGUCCACGUCGUUGGGUUACAUCAAUGGAGUCAUACUACCAGUUCUCACCGCCAUGUUCGACCAUCUAGCGAAUUGCGAGUACGGCGCUGAUUUGCUACUUGAUGAAAUCCAGGUAGCUUCAUACAAAAUGCUGGGCUCUUUGUACACUCUAGGAACCGAUGCGACCCUUACGCAUGAUAGGAAAUAUCUGAAGACUGAAAUAGAAAGAAAUAAACCUGCAUUGGGUUCAUGUUUAGGUGCCUUCAGUUCUACAUUCCCGGUGGCCUUCUUCGAACCACACCUUAAUAAACACAACCAGUUCUCGCUGCUGAACCGUAUUGCAGAUCACUCAUUAGAAGCAAAGGAUAUAAUGGCCAAAAUGGAGCAGUCGAUGCCUACACUAGAAAGCAUACUCAACGAAGUCGACAAUUUCGUGGAAUCUGAUAAGACCUACAACGAAGCACCUCACAUCAUUGAUGUGGUUAUGCCACUUUUAUGUUCUUAUCUGCCCUUCUGGUGGGCCCAGGGUCCCGAUAAUGUGACUCCAACAGCCGGGAACCACGUAACAAUGGUAACUGCCGAACAUAUGAACCAACUACUCAAGAAUGUCCUCAAACUUAUCAAAAAGAACAUUGGCAAUGAAAGUGCUCCCUGGAUGACCCGCAUAGCAACUUAUACCCAACAGAUUAUUAUAAACAGUUCUGAAGAACUGUUGAGAGAAUCCUUCUUACCUUUAGCUGAGAGAGUAAGAAAGAGGACGGAUACUAUGUUCCAUAAGGAGGAGAGUUUGAGAGGUUUUAUUAAGUCAUCAACAGAUGAUACGUCACAAGUAGAAUCACAGAUACAAGAGGAUUGGCAACUAUUAGUUCGUGAUAUUUACUCCUUCUACCCACUUCUUAUAAAGUACGUUGAUCUGCAAAGAAACCAUUGGCUCCGGAACAAUGUGCCAGAGGCAGAAGAACUGUAUAAUCAUGUGGCGGAAAUAUUUAAUAUUUGGUCCAAGAGUCAGUACUUCCUCAAAGAAGAGCAAAACUUCAUAUCUGCGAACGAAAUCGACAAUAUGGUGUUGAUUAUGCCUACUGCGACUCGAAGAGUUACCACCGUUGUUGAUGGGACACCACAAGGUGGAGGAAAGAAAAAGAAGAAGCACCGUGACAAGAAACGUGAUAAGGACAAGGAGGUACAAGCUUCACUAAUGGUUGCCUGUCUCAAGAGACUUUUGCCAGUCGGUCUCAAUCUAUUUGCCGGAAGAGAGCAGGAAUUAGUGCAGCACUGUAAAGAUCGCUUCUUGAAGAAUGAGUUUUUAUCACGAAAUACUUUAACACAGAAAAUGUCCGAACAAGACGUAGCAGAAUUCGCCAAAACACAACUAACGCUACCUGACAAGAUUGAUCCAGCUGACGAAAUGUCUUGGCAACAUUAUCUGUACAGCAAGUUAGGUUCGAAGAGUAAAACAACAGUCACCGUUGAGACUUCCGAAAACAAAGCCAAGAUUAUAGAUGACACGGUAGAAAGGAUUGUGGCGAUGAGCAAAGUGUUGUUUGGACUGCAUAUGAUCGACCACCCACAACAAAUGAGUAAGAACGUGUACCGUUCUGUCGUGUCGAUACAACGCAAGCGCGCUGUAAUCGCCUGCUUCAGGCAGACUUCGCUACAUUCCUUGCCAAGACAUCGAGUAUGUAACAUCUUCGCGCGAACAUACUACGAGUUAUGGUUAGAAGAAGAAAAUAUUGGCCAAGAAGUCAUGAUCGAAGAUCUUACGCAAUCGUUCGAGGAUGCUGAACUGAAGAAGAGUGAUUUGGUGGAGGAAGAAGGCAAACCGGAUCCACUCACACAGCUGGUUACCACAUUCUGUCGGGGCGCUAUGACUGAACGAUCUGGGGCGCUGCAGGAAGAUCCACUAUACAUGUCGUACGCGCAUAUAAUAGCGAAGUCUUGCGGGGAAGAAGAAGAGGAAGGCGGGGAAGAAGAAGAAGAAGGUGGAGAACCAGAAGGUGGGGAAGAAGAAGGUCGUGCGAGCAUACACAAAACUAUGGACACAUUUAUGGAACAAGAAAUGGAGAAGCAAAAGCUGUUGUUCCACCAAAAGCGACUGGCAAACCGCGGUGUAGCUGAAAUGGUGUUGCUUCACAUAUCGGCCUCAAAGGGAUUGCCAAGUGACAUGGUCAUGAAGACCUUGCAGCUCGGCAUCUCUAUAUUAAGAGGCGGAAAUAUUGAUAUACAGAUGGGUAUGUUAAAUCAUCUGAAAGACAAAAAAGACGUCGGUUUCUUCACAUCAAUAGCCGGUCUGAUGAACUCUUGUUCAGUCCUCGAUUUGGACGCCUUUGAAAGGAACACCAAAGCUGAAGGUCUUGGAGUAGGUCUUGAAGGAGCAGCCGGUGAGAAGAACAUGCACGAUGCAGAAUUUACAUGCGCUUUGUUCCGGUUUAUACAACUGACUUGUGAAGGCCACAACUUGGAAUGGCAAAACUAUCUUCGUACCCAAGCCGGAAACACAACUACAGUAAAUGUAGUCAUCUGUACAGUCGAUUAUUUGCUGAGGCUGCAAGAAUCUAUCAUGGACUUUUACUGGCAUUAUUCGAGCAAGGAACUCAUCGAUCCAGCGGGUAAAGCGAACUUCUUUAAAGCCAUUGGAGUUGCAUCUCAAGUAUUUAAUACGCUUACUGAAGUAAUACAAGGGCCUUGUACACAGAAUCAACAGGCGUUGGCUCAUUCCAGAUUGUGGGACGCGGUGGGCGGUUUCCUGUUCCUUUUCUCGCACAUGCAGGACAAAUUGUCCAAGCACUCGUCACAAGUCGACUUGCUGAAGGAACUACUCAACUUGCAGAAGGACAUGAUUACUAUGAUGCUGUCUAUGCUUGAAGGAAAUGUUGUCAAUGGCACAAUCGGUAAACAGAUGGUAGACACCUUAGUAGAAUCCGCAUCGAACGUAGAACUGAUUCUCAAAUACUUCGACAUGUUCCUCAAACUGAAGGACCUGACUUCAAGUGCCAGUUUCAAGGAAAUUGACGCUAAUAGCGACGGCUGGGUUCUGCCUAAAGACUUCAAGGAGAAGAUGGAACAACAAAAGAGUUAUACGCCUGAGGAGAUAGAAUUCCUUCUAGCGUGCUGCGAAACGAAUCACGACGGCAAACUGGACUACCUCGGCUUCUGCGACAGAUUCCACGAGCCCGCCAAAGAAAUUGGUUUCAAUCUUGCUGUGCUGCUUACCAAUCUUUCGGAGCAUAUGCCUAAUGAACCCAGACUUGCUCGGUUCCUGGAGACUGCGGGAUCCGUGCUGAACUACUUCGAACCAUUCCUGGGUCGUAUCGAGAUCAUGGGUGGCUCCAAGAGGAUCGAGCGCGUAUACUUCGAGAUCAAGGAGUCCAAUAUUGAGCAGUGGGAGAAACCGCAGAUUAAGGAAUCCAAACGCGCGUUCUUCUACAGCAUAGUAACAGAGGGAGGUGAUAAAGAGAAGCUCGAAGCUUUUGUCAACUUCUGCGAGGACGCCAUCUUUGAAAUGACACACGCUUCUGGUCUGAUGGCAGCGUCAGAAGAAUCCGCUGGUGGUCCGAAGAAUAGGGAGGCUUACCAUGUUUAUAUGGGCGAUGAUGAAGAGGAGAGGGCCGGCAAGGACCCAUUCCGUCGUGGCUUCCAAUCUGUCAAAGACGGCAUCUCCACAGCAUUCUCGUCUCUAUCUCCUUCUAGCAUAAAGCAGAAAAUCGCAGACCUACAACAGAUGCCGCCUGCGGAACUCUUCAUCGGCUUCUUCAAAAUGUUCUUUUAUCUCUUCUACUAUCUAGGUUACGGUGCUGUUGUUGUUAUCAGGUACAUCUUCGGCGUGCUCCUUGGCUUAAUGCGCGGCCCGGUGACGGAUGAACCGCCCCCGGAGCCGACCGAAGAGGAGAAAAUCGGUCAGUUGAAGCUCUCGCUCCUACACUCGCACAGAUCACUCAUACAAAGUCCUGUACGACAUCUGCCAGCGUUACCAGCUGCUGACGAUACAGGACAAAUGCAGGUGUCUGCAUUCGGACUGGAUAUCACUAAAGAAGACAAUGGCCAGAUACAGGUAAAACCGCACGAAUCACCGAGCACUUCCACUCCAUCAUCAGGCGAAGAAGCGGAAGCUUCUCCGGACGAGAGCACGGAACAUUCUGAAGAACAGCAACCGCCUUCUUUAAUAGACCUUUUGGGAGGUGAGCAAGCAAAGAAACAGGCUCAAGAACGCAUGGAAGCUCAGGCUAUACAACAAGCCGCUAUGUCCUCUAUCGAAGCUGAAAGCAAAAAGGCAGUCCAAGGCCCCGCCCCAUCAGCGUUAUCACAAGUGGAUCUAUCGCAAUACACGCGCCGUGCCGUGUCCUUCCUCGCUAGGAACUUCUACAACUUGAAGUAUGUGGCGUUGGUACUCGCUUUCUGCAUCAACUUUGUGCUUCUGUUUUAUAAGGUGUCAACAUUAGAAGUGGAAAAAAGCGAAGGAUCAGGAAUUGGAGACAUAAUCAGCGGAUCUGGAUCAGGCCAGGGCUCUGGCAGUGGUGAUGGUGGCAGUGGUGAGAGUGAAGAGGACGACCCUCUAGAAGUGGUGCUGAUAGACGAAGACUUCUUCUAUAUGGAGCACGUGAUAAAUUUGGCCGCUGUAUUACACUCUAUAGUAUCACUCGCUAUUCUCGUUGGUUAUUAUCAUCUUAAGGUACCGUUAGCUAUAUUCAAGCGCGAGAAAGAGAUAGCGCGUAAGCUGGAAUUCGAUGGUCUGUACAUUGCGGAACAGCCCGAAGACGACGACCUGAAGAGUCAUUGGGACAAACUUGUUAUAUCUGCCAAAUCGUUCCCGGUGAACUACUGGGAUAAGUUCAUAAAGAAGAAAGUCCGCGUGAAGUAUUCAGAGACAUAUGACUUCGAUUCAAUAUCCAACAUGCUCGGGAUGGAGAAGACGUCCUUCUCGGCUCAAGAAGAGGAAGGCAGCAAAGGAUUCUGGCAUUACAUCAUAAACAUCGACUGGCGCUACCAAGUCUGGAAAGCAGGAGUGACGAUAACCGACAACUCUUUCCUCUACUCUCUAUGGUAUUUCUCCUUCUCUGUGAUGGGCAACUUCAACAACUUCUUCUUCGCCGCCCAUUUGCUGGACGUUGCUGUUGGUUUCAAGACCCUGAGGACCAUCUUGCAGUCUGUCACGCAUAAUGGAAAGCAGCUCGUACUGACAGUGAUGCUGCUGACAAUCAUCGUGUACAUCUACACGGUGAUAGCGUUCAACUUCUUCCGCAAGUUCUACGUACAGGAGGAGGAUGAUGAAGUCAAUAGGAACUGUCAUGAUAUGCUUACGUGCUUCGUGUUCAACCUGUACAAAGGAGUGAGAGCUGGUGGUGGUAUUGGUGACGAGCUGGAACCUCCGGACGGCGAUGACUCUGAGGUGUACCGCAUCAUCUUCGACAUCUCCUUCUUCUUCUUCGUUAUCGUCAUCCUGCUGGCUAUUUUACAGGGUUUGAUCAUCGACGCGUUCGGUGAACUCCGUGAUCAACUGGAGUCUGUGAAAGAGGACAUGGAGUCCAACUGCUUCAUAUGCGGCAUCAAUAAAGACUACUUUGAUAAAGUUCCACACGGGUUUGACACUCACGUACAGAGGGAGCAUAACCUCGCGAACUACAUGUUCUUCCUUAUGCAUCUGAUCAACAAACCAGACACUGAAUACACAGGUCAAGAGACAUUCGUAUGGAAGAUGUACACUCAAAGGUGCUGGGACUUCUUCCCCGUCGGUGACUGCUUCAGAAAGCAAUACGAAGACGGGAUGGGAGAGUAGAAUUGGAUAUUGGAUAAUUUCUAAUUAUUAGCCAAUUCUUCUCUUUCCGCUGCUAUCUCUUACUUUUCCAUAAAGAGUGAAAAGGAUGGCGAUAGUUGGCAACAAAAUAAACACACUUUGUGUAUUUAAAAAUGUUAUUCAAGAAUAAAAUAUCCAAUAAUAUUGUUGCUCAAACUUCCACAGAUUAAAACGAUUGAAAUGAAAACGGUCACUAAAGUAAAAUCCCUUUUCAUAGACAAACUCUAACUUUUUUAAAUAUUUAGAUUAUGUAAAGGAAUUGAAAUUUGUCGUUCGAAAAUCAAUUAAGCUUCAGUCAAAAAUAAGCUGAUUAUUUUUCUAUAUUAUUGUAGUAUCUAGAGAAUAAAUAACAAUCGCUACUUUAAAGAUCAAUUAAAAAUAACAAAUUAAAUCUAUCGCUUCCCAAAAUACAAUGGAAAUAUUGUUAGGAGUAAUGAAUAAUUAAUUAAGGGGCCUUUCCAAGUAAAGUUUUCUAUUUAAAC